GAAAACGAAACUUUAAUCGAAGUAAAUUAGGCUAAUGAACUGAUACAAAUGUAGUGAAACAACUGUACUAACCAAUCCAACAACCAACUCUACUAACACUUUUCGUAUAGCUCAAUAAACAAAUGAAGCCAGUUAAAAAAAACAUUAUUUCAUUUCAGAUACUAGAGUCGAUAAAUUAUUCAAAAAUGUCAUUCAAAAAGCAUCUCAUCAUUAGCAUUAUAAUUCGCAUUUUCCUGGUGUACUACGGCGAGGUGCAGGAUAGUUUGUCCGAGAUUCAAUAUACGGACGUAGACUAUCGGGUAGUUACAGACGGAGCUAGUCACGUUCUCAGCUUGAACUCUCCUUUCAAAAGGCACACAUAUCGAUAUACACCGCUGCUAGCAUAUUUGGUUAUUCCAAAUCUCCUAAUUCAUCACAGUUUCGGUAAAUUUGUUUUCUCCUUGUUCGAUGUUUUCAUAGGAGUGCUAAUAAAGUGGAUAUUGCUCAACUGCUAUCGCGGCAAUAAGAUUUCCAUCGAGAAAAAGCUUCUCAAGCUGGAGACAUUGAACAACCGGAACAAGUAUCUGAUAAAGCGGAAGAACGAAAUUUUGAACAGCAGCAAUGAAACGCUUCCGCCGAAAUACAUCCGCAUGGCCGAGAUUAGUUCUUAUUUUUGGCUUUAUAACCCGCUAACGAUGGUCAUCGCUACGAGAGGAAAUGGUGACUGCGUUUCAUGCUCACUUGUGCUCGUUUCGCUCUAUUUCCUGUUGAAGAACGAGCAGAGCAUCCUACAGUAUUUCAUGGCAGGAAUUUUCCUCGGCAUAUCGAUCCAUUUCCGGCUCUAUCCAAUCGGGUUUUGCCUGGCCUUCUAUCUGGCCACACUUGAUAAGCCGUUGCUAACAAUUACAGACUACAUACAAGCAGUAUUGAUGCCGAACGCAAAGCAAUUAUCUCUGGUGAUUGGGACGAUCGCAUCCCUGGCAAUAACGACCGGUCUAUUCUACUAUCUCUACGGAUAUCAGUACCUCUACGAAUCCGUCCUGUUCCAUUUGGUCAGGAAAGACACCCGGCAUAACUUUUCGUUGUACUUCUAUCUGCAAUACUUAAGUUCGAACUUCGACGUGUCCCAGCUGGAGAAGAUUCUGACGUUCUUACCACAACUGGUCCUCAUCAUGAUGCUCACCCUGCGCUACGGAAAGCAUCGCCAAACGUUAGGCUUUGCGCUGUUCGCGAUCGCCUUCGUCAUGGUGACGUACAACCCGGUCGUCACGUCGCAGUACUUUGUGUGGUUCCUAUCGUUGCUGCCGCUCAGCGUCAAGAACUUCAGAAACAUCGGCCUGCGCAAAGCCGUCUUUAUUCCGGUGAUGUGGUUCAUCUCCCAAGGAGGUUGGCUGCUGCCGGCGUAUUUGCUGGAAUUCAAGGGCUGGAACACGUUCGAGUUUGUGUGGAUCCAGAGCAUCGUGUUUUUCUUCUCCAACUUGCUGAUCCUGCAGAUGCUGGUUUGUAACUACGAUAUGGCGUACAACUAUAAGAUUGAUUAGAACGAGGUAAAAACAUGUGUGUGGAAAUAUGAGUUUAGGCGAGUAAAUAUGUUUAACGAUA